AUGCCAACCGCCGAGGCCAUUCCCCCGCAAUCAUCCACGCAGUGUAGAGUCUACAGGCGGCGGUUCUGGGGACUGAUCGAACUCGUCUUGCUGAACAUCAUCGUGAGCUGGAAUUGGCUCACCUUCUCUUCAAUAUCUACGACCACGGCCGAAUACUUUGGCGUCUCGGAGAGCGCAGUAAACUGGCUCAGUACCGGCUUCCAAUUUGCUUUCUGCAUUGUCAGUCCAUUUGUCAUCUGGGUCCUCAACAAGGGCGGACCAAAGCCCGCCAUUGUCAUCACCGCGACGCUGCUGUUGGUCGGCAACUGGCUGCGCUAUGCAGGCACCAAAGCCAACGGAGGCAUCUUCGGCCUCGUCAUGUUCGGUCAGAUCAUCAUUGGUCUGGCACAACCGUUCUGCCUGUGCGCGCCAACGCGCUACAGCGACCUGUGGUUCUCAGCCAAGGGCCGGACGAGUGCUACCGCAGUCGCCAGUCUCGCGAAUCCGCUGGGGGCUGCGAUCGCACAGUUGGUAGAUUCAAUGUGGGCGAGUAGCCCAUCCGACAUUCCUGAUAUGGUGCUCUACAUUUCCAUCAUUGUGCGUGAUUCCUUCUCCGCUGCGCUGGGGUCUGGCGAGGCCUCCACCGUCGUGUGUAUACCUGCAUAUUUCAUUCCUGCAGAGCCGCCAACGCCCGCGAGCGCCUCGUCCUCAGAGCCUCGGACACCACUCGUCCCUGCGAUGCGCCAGCUCUUCGCCACUCUGGAAUUCUGGCUCCUCGUUGCCCCGUUCACGAUCUAUGUCGCUUUCUUCAACAGCAUAUCAUCUCUCCUGAACCAGAUUCUCAGUCCGUACGGGUUCUCCGAGACCGAAGCGGGCAUUGCCGGCGCCAUCCUGAUCGUCGUCGGCCUGGUCGCUGCGGCCAUCAUGUCGCCCAUUACCGAUCGCUGGAAGCAUUACCUGGGAUCAAUCCGGGUGCUCGUCCCCGUCAUCGUCGCAUCAUACAUCGGUCUCGUGUUUGCGCCGUCCAGCCCGGCAGGCAUUGCACCCACGUACAUUGUGAUGGGUCUACUGGGCGCCUCCUCCUUCGCAAUGCUCCCAAUCGCGCUCGAGUAUCUGGCCGAAAUCACGUACCCCUUCUCUCCCGAAAUCGGAAGCACCGUGUGUUGGACAGGCGGACAGCUGCUCGGCGCCUGUGCCAUUCUGAUCCAGGAUGCAUUGAAGGACGGACCGGACGGAAACCCUCCACGGAAUAUGCACCGAGCAUUGAUAUUCUCGUGCGUGCUGUCCACGGUCGUGGCUCCCUUACCCAUGUCCAUCGGACUCUUUGGCCGGACUGUGCAACGUCGCCGGUGGGACGUUGAUCGUGGUAUUGAGCUUGGUGUCUCUUUCCAGGACUUUGAUGAAGGGGACGUCGAAGGUAAUAAGGCCGCUUCCAAGAUACGAACAGAUAGCGCGUUCCCCGAGCACCCGGCUAGUCCGUGA